AUGUUCCCCCCGACAGAAUCCAACUGCCAGGGUCCUCGCGCCUCUCAGGACUGGAGCAGAGGUUUCCACCAGCAGGGGGACAGGACGGCUGGGCGAGGUCAACAGCUCAGGAUGCUGGGACUCCCGGAUCAGGCAGUGAACGGUUUGAGGAGCUUUAUACACGAUUCUGCAGACAAGACCAUCCAGGCGGAUCACAAUCGUUGUCCAAAAUUCAUCCGCCGCCUUACCACGGCGAACAUGACAGCCAGCCACGGCGCCUUGGCAAUCGCCGGCACCAACAGCUUCGAAGGACCUUCGACCAAGAGAGUUAUCAAGACGUGUGUGGCAACUCGUUACAUGGCGAGGACCAGCUCGAGGAGAUCACCUCACGUAGAGAGAGGGAGGAGAUUGCCGAACUUGAUGACUGGGGACUGUAAUCCUGACGAGUCAUCAAUAGCACCUUCUCCUCGGAGAUCGGGAAGCAAGAAUUCGCCGGGGAAAGCGCCUACCAGUAGCAGACUCCAACUAUCCCCUUCGCCUGCGAGUGCAGUGGCGUCGACCAGUCGCUUGAGAACCGCUAAUCUCACUCAUGAAGAGCUGACGAAACCAUCAAUGGUCAUGGGUAGCUCUGAACAAGAUUUUUCUUCAUAUCCACGGCAGAGGGCAGCAAGUUCAUCGCUCGAUCCCGAUAAAGACCCCGCGAGAGCUCGUUUCGAUCUCGGCAGAGGUCCAGGACGUGGUCGUCGACAACCGAUAUCCUGUUAUCCGUGCCGAGCGAGAAAACUCAAAUGCGAUGAAUCGCAGCCUUGUUUCCAAUGCAGACGGAAAGGAAAGGAAGGAGACUGUAUUUUCGCACCGCAUAUAAGAAGACGGGGCAAGUCGAGAAAGAAGACGAUGGAAGAUGCGAACUAGGGGGACAAUAAGUCAUUGCGGUUGAGUCGAGUUGAUUCGAUAGUUGACGACGGUCGAGAAAGGAUCCGGUGGACCAUUCGGUCAUAAUCAUCAUCGUUAUCGUCAAUUGAGCCAAGGAAAAUUGUCGCUUGAAAGGGCUGGGGGUACGGAAAGGAAAAUGGAGUAAACACAGGGAUAAAGAUACCGUUCGGUCACCAGGUCAUUAGCUGAGACAUUGGUGGCAACGGCAAUGUGUGCCCUGGCUGUUUUAGAAGAGCUUGCGAUACGAGCAUGCUCAGCUCUCGAUGCGAUCCGAACUUCAUCCUCGCGGGAGAGCAACGUCACGGCGGACAGGGGCUCAUGAGAUAUAAUGAACUUUGAG